ACGGACGGGCUCGCGGCGCAGCGAGGGCGGGAACAACGGACGGGCGCGCGGCGAAGCAAGGGCGGGUACAACGGACGGAGCAACGGGAGCGCGGCGGGCGCAGUGUGGAAGACGCACGCUGAGUCAGUCGGCUGGUGCAGCACUGUUGCGGCCGGUGUCUGGGUGAGAAAGUUGUUUGUUCACAAUGGCAUCGCGUGCUGGUCCUCGUGCAACAGGAACAGAUGGUAGUGACUUCCGCCAUAGAGAGAAAGUAGCUUCACACUAUCAGAUGAGUGUAACUCUGAAGUCUGAGAUCAAGAAGCUGAUAAUUGCACAUUUAGUAAUCUGGACACUACUCGCUCUGCAGGUUAUUGUCAGCCAUUUGAAGUUGGUGUCACAUGACCUGAUAGCUAUGCCAUACCAGUGGGAAUACCCAUAUCUGCUGAGCAUUAUACCAUCCAUCUUUGGUUUUGUAUCGUUCCCUCGUAACAAUAUAAGUUACCUUGUGCUUUCUAUGAUUAGCGCAGGCCUCUUCUCCAUUGCCCCGAUCAUUUAUGGUAGCAUGGAGAUGUUCCCCAUGGCACAGCAGCUAUACCGGCAUGGAAAGGCCUACCGAUUCAUCUUUGGCUUUUCUGCUGUAUCUGUCAUGUACUUGGUCUUGGUUAUUGCAGUGCAAGUGCAUGGCUGGCAGAUUUAUUACAGCAAAAAACUACUGGACUCUUGGUUUACAUCCACACAGGAAAAGAAGAAGAAAUAGUCUGCAGAAGCAAAGUACAAUUUGAAAACUAUUAGAAGAUUGAGUUAAUUUAUGAACUAUGGUGAAUAUAAUCAGUCCAUUAAAUAUAAUACGGGGGUUACAUGAAGAUAAUCUUGAAUAGGGUGUUUUUAUUUUAUCUUUAUACCCAAAUGUUUGCUUUUCCAAGUAAAGUUAGAAUUCUCCCAAUAUUUCACAUUAGUUAUUCAAAUAUGUGUUUGUUAGUUUGAUGAUUGAUGUAGCUUUGAAAAUAUCAUGGUACUGUCACUCAGUAGUUAGAUAAUGCAGAAUAUACCGAACUGAUGACUUGUCUAUUUUUUUUUUGUCCAUCUGUAUUUCCUCUUGACAUAUCAACUUGUGAUUUUCAAGACGAAAAGCAAAUGGAUGAUUUUGCAUAUCAUGAUAUUGCUGCAAGAUUAUGAAUUUCUGCAUCAGUCUUCUGCGAUGAAACUGGAUGUGUGGCAUGUGGACUAAAGUAUUAGAGCUGGGGAUUCUACUACCCAAAUUGGAUUGAAUGGUGUUCAGUUCAGAAUUUGUCUUCAGUUCUUGCAGAUUAGUUCGACUAUGUUUUCUUUAAAGAUUCCAAAAUUAUCUUUUUUUUACUAAAGUUAAUCAUAAAUGGAGUAUAUUAGUUUUAAUUUCUCUCAUGACCAAUGACUUCUGACAGUUACUUUAUAUGUACUUUUAAAGUUGCAACUCAUGAAUCUGCAUUUUGGAUAUACCUGCAGCUCAUUUAGCAGUUGAUGAUUAGCCUGAUGUAUAAUUGUGUAGUUAUAGAUAUGUUCGAGUGCUACUCAAGUGUUGUCACACAUACAAAUUAUGAUCAUGGUCUUAAAAUCUUUUUAUUUCCAUCUCUUAAAAUCGAUUUCUUAAGUCUCAAUACCAAUAUUUGAUUUCUUUAUAAUCAGCUCUGGUAUCGUAGAGGUUAGGUCAGCUGGACAUGAGCAUGCUAUUUACAGUGAGACAGAUCUUGUGGUUUAUAUAUGACAUUCUUUAGAGAACUUCAAAGGCAUCUUGCAUUUCCACACUGGCUUCAGAGAGUCUUUAAUUGUUUACAUAAGAGUAAGAUGGGAUCAAAUCCAUGCGCCAAAUUGUUUGAUUAAAUUCUUGUUUUACAAUCAAGGUAACCUUUUGGCAGGAACUUCUUCCUAUUUAUGAGAAUGGCAAGAAAUUUGUAAUUGCUGCAGGGGUCAUUAGUAACCAUAUUUUACUUACAUGAAAAAUUAUACCAAUGAAUAUGUUAAUCUAAAUUGAAUAGUUGUCAUAUGUGCAAAAGUUAGUCAAAUGGAUUUCAUUUGUUCUUAUUUUUACCAUUGCAGAUUUUAUUUACAGCAAUGAUUGAAUUGUUACACCAGACCUGAUUUUGUUUUAGUACUGAUAUAAUGUAAUAUAUAUGGCCUCAAAAUGUAAACUGAAGCAUGGUUGAGCCCUAUAAGGUAUGUGUUUGUUCUUCAUGAAUAAAAUCGAAUUGUCACUA